AGCGCAGGGGCUCAGAGAAGAAAAGCGCCGCCUCCCGUUACAACACCGGGCGCACCGGCGCACCGCACGGUGCGGUGCGCGUUCGGGCGCGCGGCUCGCCAUGGUGAUCAAGACGGACCUUUGUAGCUACACAGAGUACCGCAUAUAUCCCGGUCAUGGACAGAAGUUCGUGGCCAAGGAUGCCAAGGUGAGCUUUUUCAUCAACGCCAAGGCCGACUCCCUCUUCCACCAGCGCAUCAAGCCCGUGAAGCUGCGCUGGACGCAGGCUUGGCGAAGAAUGAACAAGAAGGGUAAGGUAGAGGAGGGUGGCAAGAAGAAGGCUCGCAAAGCGCAAAAGUUCCAAAAGGCCAUUGUUGGUAUGUCCCUGGACGACUUGAAGAAGAAGAAGGCCCAACGACCUGAGCUCCGUGCUCAGAGGGAGAAGGAGGCCAAAGAAGCGAAGGCCAAAGCUGUUGCCAAAAAGCCCAGCAAGCCUGCAGUCCCCAAGACGAAGGCCGAGAAAGGCCCCAAAAUGCCCAAGGGUGGAGGUGGUGGUGGCAGCGCUGCCAAGAACUUCAAAGGGAAGAAGUGAGCAAAACUACUGCGCCUUGAGCCGCCUGCGGAAAAGAUACGCAAUUUUGGCGUGCGGGGAAGUUAGCGGAGCC